CCCAGCUCCUUGAUUCGAUCUCUGAGCUCAUCACAUAUCAUUCUUCUUUCGACAACGUCGUUUCCUCCUUUUGGAGCUUCUGAACCACACCUAGACAGUCUGACUCCACUUCACAGGAACCAAAGCCAUUCUCCAUCGCCAAAUCAAUUCCCCAGCCGAUCGCCAAGCACUGCGCCAUCUCUGGUGGCCACUGAAUCCGACUUCUUUUCAAAGCUGCGAAGCAGAAACUGCCUUCCUUAUCCCUCAGAUCUCUCUCGAAAAGCAUGCAACAUCAUGAUUAACCUUAAAAAUCUGCAGUCGAAGGGGGUCUGGUGCUCUCUCUUUGCUUGACCGUUUGUCGUCCGCUGUUGAUGAUCCAGUCAGACAGGUCGAUCGGACCAGGUUUGACUAGAAUCGAUCUCGAAACCGGCCCAAAAUCAAUUUUGUGUGUUAGUCGGUGCUGGUUAAAACCGGAAAACAGCUAAAACCGAAAUAGUCCACCCUCCGCGAAGCCCUCAAGCGUUCACCCGCCUUCAAGCUCUCGCCAUAGACCAGCCUCGUCGCCUCCCCCUCGCUCGUCCAGCCAUCGUCCGCUCUCUUCCUCGCUGACCAGCUCUUCCCUAAACUGAACAUUCCUCCAUCACCAGCUUGGUGGAACGGCUUUCUUGCCGCCAGUUACCUUCACCCUAAGUUUGAGACUCCGUGUAAAGUGAUAAAACUUCUCCACGCCAGAGCAACCAUGGGUUCACCAAGAGGGGAAGUAACUCCAUUCGCAUCACUUUUCCCUGUGGACGAGGCUCAUAAAGCAGUGAAGCGAGUUGAGGAAAAAAUUGCAGAGAAGCAGAAGGAGAUGGACCAUCUCAAAGAGUUCAUCGCUGAUAAUAACAGCAUUAUAAACCUCGUCUCUAAACUACCCGAGGAGCUUCACCAUGAUAUCAUGGUUCCUUUCGGAAAGGCAGCAUUUUUUCCUGGUCGGUUGAUACACACUAAUGAGUUUGUGGUUCUUCUCGGAGAAGGAUACUAUGCCGAAAGAACAUCGAAGCAAACUGCUGACAUUUUGAAAAGGAGAGGGAAGGCUUUGGAUUCUCAAGUUGAAUCUCUUAAGGCCAACAUUAAGGAUCUUAAAGCUGAGGCUUCCUUUUUUGAUACUACGGCUUCAGAAGCAGCUGAGGGUCUUGUGGAGAUAAGGGAAGAUUAUGUGGAUGAAGAUCUCGGUGAAGAACAUUUUGAAUCAGCUUUAAAAGGUAAAGGAGAGAGUCCUGGGUUGAAUGAGAAGACACGUAUGGUUGAAGAUGAUGAUGAAUAUACUCGUUUGAUGGCGAGGUUGGAUGAGCUUGAGAAAGAAGAACUUGCAGCUGAAGAUGAUGACGAGAGUAUUGAAGAUGAUCCGGUGGCUAAUGGUGCCCUUGAGGAUGCGAAUGAACAAAAAGAACAAAGUAACACUAUAGAAAGUGAUACUGUGAACUCUGAGCACUUUCAAAAUGCAAUAUCUGGCGAUCUGCUGCUAUAUCAGACUCACUCAAUGCAAAGGAAACCACAAGAGCAGGAGAAAAUUGAGGAUGUCGCAGCUGAAGCUUUAUCCAAUAAGUAUCAGAGCGACUUGAGUUUAAAUGACGAGCAAAAUCGUACUGGAUCAACAAUUCAGCCGCUUCCCAAAGCUGAAAAGUUGAGUAGCAAAAGUUCAACUCACGAGACAAAGAGGCACUUACGCAAUGAGAAGGCUUCAGUACUUCCCGAAGGGAAAAUAGAAGCAAUGUCCUCAGCUACACAGCCGGUACAUAUGCAGUCUGCAAGACCACCUUCUAAUAGCUCCAAGACCGAGGCCUCACAAUCUGGUUUUGACAGCUCCAAGGCUUUUACCGGCUCUAUCGUGGAACGUUCAACUGAUGUACUCACCACUAAGUCUGCAACUUUGCCGCCUUCUGAUUCUCAAUCCAAGCCUUCAAGACCAGUUUCCAGAUUCAAGAUGCAGAGAAGAUAGCUGUCAUGUUAAAUAUCGAGUUUAAGGUAGAUUGUUACUCCUUUAGCUACAUCAGAUAUCGUUUAGGGAGAGCUUCAAGACUGGGAAACUAUAUCCGAGUGGUAAUCCAAAACAUUUAGAGCAAGUUUUUAGAAUUAAGAUAGAUGAUGACUGUUGUGCCUACAUUAGUGAUAGAAUAGGUCGUAACUUGUUUGGUUGAGAACUAUGC